CCUAACCUCACAGUGCAGGUCAAAACACCGAGUUCUAAAAAUCUUAUCGAAAAUCGAUAAAAAUCGUGAGAAAAAAAUGUCACAAUGACAUCGUUCACGUUAUUUAAUUUAUUAAAAAUACAAAGUGUUAAUUGUCGACCGUAUUGUUAAAGUAGUGAAUAAAAUAAUCGCUAGUUAAACGUGCUGAAAAAGAGUGAGAGAGGUGUUGAUGUCCGCGAAUAUUCCCUCCCUUUCUUUUGUUUGUUCAGUUUUGUAGCGGACAAGUUCUACAUAUAUAUAUACACGUUUGCCUGCUUUACAUGUCGUGUAUAUCUUCGCGAAGCAGCAGCACACACAAACACAGGCAAAAAACUAAUUGCAAGAGAUACAUGGGAGGAUGCAUCGAAUGUGUCCGUGCACCAGGUCCUUAUCGCGUGAAUUUCCGACCUUAUCGUUUAACAGAUUGUCGGCACGUUUACUCGGUUUACAUUCCACGUGAAGUUUUUAAUUCCGCACCGGUCGUCAUCAUGUUCGAUUGUUGUUACCAAGUGUGAUUCCUCAUUGUCGGAGUGGCUUUAAACUGCUGUGCAUGGGUGGGACCCUCCCUCCUCCCAAGAAUGGCGGGGAAGGAUGGGAAGGCAGAGUCGAAAGGGGGCGAUGUCACCAUAAAACAAGGUCUUAUGGUGAAAAGAUCCCAAAAUAAAAAGCGAUUCACCCCCGUUAACUACAAGCAACGAUGGUUUGUCUUGACACGUCGACAUCUCAUUUAUUACGACGGGGUUGGCGAGAGACGCAAGGAGCGAGGUAGAAUAGCAGUGGAAAAUGUCCAUAUAGUCGAGGUCGCCAAUCUUGGGAUUGGUAACAACGAGAUUAACGGAAGUGAUUCGGUAUCAAGCUCCAGUGGAACAGGAAGUGGCGGUGCACCUGCUGGCUUUCCGUUUCAAGUGGGUUAUCGUGAGACUGCACAGGAUUAUACUCUUUACCUGCUGGCAGCAAGAGAAGAGGAACGCAGCGAGUGGAUUCGCGCUAUUCGAUCUGUGUGCAACGAGAAUUCUAGUCUCAGUGGUCGUUAUCACACGGGUCUUUGGUACGGAAGGCGGUGGUCCUGCUGCCGGAUGACAACCCGCUCGGCGGAAGGCUGUGACGUGUGCACCAACUGGUCGUCCAAGUCAUCAAAUUUGAUGACCUCUGCCAACAUCACUACGGAUCGUGUUCAACAACAGAACAACGCCGAGGCGAACAAUAAUCCCGUCGUUCAAUCCUCCCAGGCACGCUCCAAUACAACACCUUCAACUCCAAUAAUGCCAGGCGGUGCACCAGGUACACCUUCAUCAAAAGCCAAGGAGAAAUUGAUGCUGAGAACAAAAGUUGUGGUGGCACUUUAUCCAUUCCGAGCCAUCGAGGGCGGCGAUUUGUCUCUCGUAAAGGGUAAAGAGUACGAGGUUCUCGAUGACUCCCAGGAGCAUUGGUGGAAAGUCAAAGACGAAAAUGGUUCCAUUGGAUAUAUACCAAGCAAUUACGUGAAGGAAAAGGAACUUCUGGGUCUGCAAAAAUACGAGUGGUACGUUGGCGAUAUGUCGCGGCAGCGGGCUGAGUCUCUGCUGAAACAGGAGGAGAAAGAGGGCUGUUUCGUCGUCCGUAAUUCCUCCACUAAAGGCCUCUAUACACUCUCUCUUUAUACGAAAAUUCCCCAUCCCCAUGUCAAACACUACCACAUCAAACAAAAUUCGAGAGGAGAAUUCUACCUGUCAGAGAAGCAUUGCGCCUCUUCUAUUCCGGAUCUCGUCAAUUAUCACAAACAUAACAGUGGUGGACUUGCCAGUAGACUGAAAGCCAGCCCUUGUGAUCGUCCAGUUCCAGCCACUGCUGGUUUAAGUCAUGAUAAAUGGGAAAUUGAUCCAGCCGAGCUGCAUUUAUUGGAAGAGCUCGGCUCUGGCCAGUUUGGUGUCGUGCGAAGAGGCACAUGGCGUGGAUCCAUUGACGUUGCUGUCAAAAUGAUGAAAGAAGGCACCAUGUCUGAGGAUGAUUUUAUUGAAGAAGCUAAAGUGAUGACAAAACUGCAGAACCAAAACCUAGUCCAACUUUAUGGCGUGUGCAGUAAAGAUAGACCAAUUUAUAUAGUCACCGAGUACAUGAGACACGGAUCGCUCCUAAACUACCUCCGUCGACACGAAUCUACUCUUGGAACAAAUGUCGGACUUUUGUUGGAUAUGUGUAUUCAGGUUUGUAAGGGAAUGGCUUACUUGGAAAGACACAAUUACAUCCACAGGGACCUCGCGGCGCGAAACUGCCUCGUUGGCUCUGCGAACGUAGUCAAAGUAGCUGAUUUUGGCCUUGCCAGGUAUGUUCUGGAUGACCAAUACACCAGCAGCGGUGGUACCAAAUUCCCAAUAAAAUGGGCGCCUCCCGAGGUUUUGAAUUACACUAGAUUUAGUUCCAAGUCCGACGUUUGGGCUUACGGUGUUCUAAUGUGGGAAAUUUUCACAUGCGGCAAAAUGCCUUACGGAAGACUGAAGAACACCGAAGUCGUUGAGCGAGUUCAACGUGGCAUCAUUCUCGAAAAACCGAAAGCUUGCUUCAAAGAAGUUUACGAGGUAAUGCGAAUUUGCUGGGCCCACAAUCCCGAAGUGCGACCAUCGUUCCGCGUGCUGAAGGAUCAACUGAUUAACGUGUCGCAAGGUCUGCUCAAUGAUUGACUUAGUCUUUUGCACUGUUUGCGCCUCUCGUCAUCGCCGUCGGGCCGUUCAAUUGGCAUUCAACGAUCGCCACUUCAGAUCGACGAAUUAUUAUUGCCGACGAGCGCACUUGCAUCGAGGUCCAGCAGCACAUUCAGUUCGGCGACAUUGCCCGCAUCGCUUCGCGUUCGCAAUAAUAAAAAAUAUCUUCCGUCCGUGGAAGAAUUACGUAAUCUCACAUUGACAUUGAAAAAUUCACAAAAAGAAGAAGAAUCAGCAGCAGCAGCAGCGACAGCAUUCACGAUGAUGACGACGACGUCAUCCUCAGAUCGUGUCAGUCUCUCGUCAUCGAGCACUGUUGGAUGUCAAAGUAGCAGUCAAGCAACGUCCUCGAAUUCGCCCAAAGUCUGCGAUAUUUGCAGCUCCUAUGGACGCACUUGGAUUGAAAUUUGCAAAAUAAUACGCGCCGCUAAAGGCAACUAAUUCUUUUUCUCGCGUCACCUUUUUAACGAGUUAUCGUCGUUUUCAUUUCGAUUCGUUAAAAAAAUAUUCUACCUGCCGAAACGCGAAUAAUUUUUUUUAGACUUUUUUUUGUAAUUUAACUGUGACGAGUUACUGAACAAAAACAGUAAUGUAGUUUUAGUAGAUCUUUUUUUAAUGUUAGGGUAUUAUUAAACCACUUUCUACCACGCAAA